CCUAUAUACAACCCUAUAUAUCAACCUAUUGUCCUUUUUAUUCUAAUUCUUUAAUUAUGGCCAUCUUUUCGUGCUCUUGACUAUAGCUACAUUUUCUUCUUGCACCUUACAAUAAUUUACGUAUAUAAGUACUCUUUAAUUCCCUUUUGUAUUACUUUUCCAGCCAACAAAAAUUAAACCAUAGUACCUAUUUUAUUUUAAUUUUUGUUAUAACUACUCUCUUUCUGAUUCGCGCUAUAUAUAAAAAAAAAAUAUGCAAAAACCUAACGGAUUAGCUGCAUGCGCAUCGUGCAAGCAUCAAAGAAAGAAAUGCACGGACAAGUGUGUACUAGCUCCUUAUUUCCCCGCGGAGAAAAUUCGCGAAUUCAAAGCAGUACAUAAGGUGUUUGGGGUUAGUAAUAUCACGAAAAUUGUGAAAAAUCUAAAAGAAGAUGAUCGAAGAAGGGCGAUUGAAUCACUUAUAUGGGAAGCGUUUUGUAGGCAAAGAGAUCCAGUUUUAGGCCCAUAUGGAGAGUACAAAAGGGUUUAUGAGGAACUAAAGUUGUAUAAAAGUCAAUAUCAACAAAUAUUACAAGCAGGGAGUAAUAAUAACAAUACUGAUAGUAACGUUAACGGAAUGAUAUAUGAUGCAACAACACAAGGGUUGAUUAAUGGAUGGAAUAUAAAUACUAAGAGGAAUGAUAUUAAUUAUAUAAAUCAUGAUAAUUCAACUGUGGAAUCAUGGUCAUCUUAUAAUAAUAAGAUUAUAAAUCCUUUACAUCAUGUCCAAAAUAUUGAAAAAUUAAGAACAGAAAAUAGUAAUGGCUCUAUAGUUAUUGUGCCUCAACAACAAGUCUAUAAUGAUUUCAACCAGCAAUAUUUUCUAACAGGUCAAUAUAAUCCAAUUAAUUCAAAGCCAAGGGAAAGCAUGUUGUGGGAAGACAACUCUUGAAAAUCCUCAAAGUUUUUUCCAUUUAUUUUGUUUUUGUUUUUUGUUUUUAUAAUGUUUUGUUGUUUUCUCUAGCCAUUUGAUUUGUGCAUAUAUACAAAAUAUUAUUGCACAAUAUCAUAUGUUCUACGGUCUCUUCAAUGAGAAGUUAAAUGUUAUUUUGUGAAACAUUUAAGCUCUGUUUCGAGGGUAGUUAUAUAUUAAUUUAUGAUAAUAUAGUAUUAUAUUUUAUUAUAUAUUGUAUUAUUCAUUUCAUUUCAUUUCAUUUUUAUUUAUAUGUCAUUAAUUUAGAUUUUGCGUCUCUUAAGAAACUAUGUAAGUUUAUCAUUAUACUCUAUUCACUGCAUAAAAAUUGAGCUUUAGCAAUUGCUGCUAAAUAUGUAUUUUUAGCGGCAAUUAACACUCUUUGUAUAUGUCUAUAAAGGCUUUAACGACAUUGGGUCUAGACACUUAACUAAUAAAGACUUUAACACUCUUUAUUAAUGUAUCUAUUUAUUGCCGCUAGAAGUUAUUUUUGUGGUAGUGAUCUAGUAUUCUCUUGAAGUCAAUUUUUUAAUAAAUAAAUAUAUUAAUUUAUUUA